AUAAAUUUUUAGGAUUUGGUUUGGCUUGUGUAUCGGUACUCGAGAACCCUAACGUGUUUCCAAUCUCCCAUCUCCUUUUGCCAAUUUGCCUCCUCGCAGUUCAGUUCUCUCUUGCUCCCUUUCGCAGCUGAGUCCUCACUCGCUUUCUCUCCCGCUCAGAGGCCUCCUUGCUUGCUGCAUCAUCCUGUUCGCUGUCUUCCUGCAAGCAGGUAUUUGCUUGAAAUCCAUCAAAAUGAAAGCGUGGGGAAUAUUUCUGCUCCUUCUUUGCUUACAAGCCAUCACUUAUGCAGUGAUUGGUGAAUCUCAAACUUGCCCUGCUGAAAAUGUCGGUAAAUGUGACGAUUCAGAUUGGGAGGGUGAAUUCUUUCCUGGCAUUAACAAAAUCAAAUAUGAGGGUCCCUCUAGCAAGAAUCCGCUUUCAUUUAAAUGGUAUAACGCAGAAGAAGAAAUUCUUGGGAAGAAAAUGAAGGAUUGGUUCAGAUUUAGUGUUGCAUUUUGGCAUACAUUCCGUGGAACAGGUGCAGACCCGUUUGGUGCACCUACCAAGUACUGGCCGUGGGAAGAUGGUACCAAUUCUUUGAAAAUGGCUAAAAGAAGAAUGCGAGCAAACUUUGAGUUUAUAAACAAACUUGGAGUUGAUUGGUGGUGCUUCCACGACCGUGAUAUAGCCCCUGAUGGAGAAACUCUGGAGGAAGCUAAUGCAAACUUGGAUGAAGUAGUUGCCCUUGCCAAAGAGCUUCAGAUGCAGAGUAAAAAAAAGGUUCUAUGGGGAACUGCUCAAUUGUUUAUGCAUCCUCGUUACAUGCAUGGUGCUGCUACUAGCUCUGAAUUAGGUGUAUAUGCAUAUGCUGCUGCCCAAGUGAAGAAAGCCUUGGAGGUCACACAUUAUUUGGAGGGAGAAAAUUAUGUUUUCUGGGGUGGCCGUGAGGGUUAUCAAUCCCUAUUGAACACGGAUAUGGAACGAGAACUUAAUCAUUUGGCUAGGUUCUUUGAAGCUGCUGUUGCAUACAAGAAGAAGAUUGGAUUCAAUGGGACACUGCUGAUUGAACCCAAGCCACAAGAACCUACAAAACACCAGUAUGACUGGGAUGCUGCAACCACCGCUAAUUUCUUGCGCAAGUAUGGACUUAUAGGGGAAUUCAAACUCAACAUUGAGUGCAACCAUGCCACCUUAUCGGGACAUAGUUGUCACCAUGAACUUGAAACUGCAAGGAUUAAUGGACUAUUGGGUAAUAUUGAUGCAAACACUGGUGAUCCUCAAGUUGGUUGGGACACAGAUCAGUUUCUUGUGGAUAUUCAAGAAGCAACAAUGAUUAUGCUCAGUGUGAUUAGAAAUGGUGGAAUUGCACCAGGCGGAUUCAACUUUGACGCCAAAUUGCGGAGAGAGAGCACAGAUGUUGAAGACUUAUUCAUUGCCCACAUCAUCGGUAUGGAUACAAUGGCCCGCGGCCUCAGGAAUGCUGCUACGCUAAUUGAGGACGGUACUCUAGCUGAGCUUGUUCGGAAGAGAUACCAGAGUUUUGACACUGAAAUCGGUGCUCAAAUAGAGGCUGGUAAAGCUGAUUUUGACUUUUUGGAGAAGAAAGCUAAGGAAUGGGGAGAACCCAAGGUUGCUUCAGCCAAACAGGAGCUAGCUGAGAUGAUUCUCCAGUCUGCGUUGUGAGAAAGUAGAAAGCAUCGUGUGUGAAUAAAAUCAGUUAAUUAUGGAAAAUAAAAUCGUUAGCAUCCUCCUCGGUUGGCAAGACCUGCUAGUUUCCGCAGGAGACGACUGACGAGACGUUGAGUUAACGAAUUUAUGUGAAUCCUAGUCGGCUUGUCUUAGACUCCUAGUAAUAAUUAAGUCAACUAGGUAGCUGUUUUAUUUUAUAUCUUUUAAAUAUUAUCUAUUGUGCAUAUAUAAGGAGGACAACCCUUUCUGUGUCCAAUUCUCACAGCUCUCUUCCUUCCGCAACUGUCAUCUUAUAUUUUUUUGGUGUCUAACUGUCAUUUUAUAUAAUAAAUUAAAUUAAAUUAUUAUGAUA